AAUCCUUGAUGUUGGAGACCAGGAGAGCCCGGGUUCCCUCCAUCUUUAUAAUAUUAAAGAAAAUGAACGUGGAGGGUAUAUUGCCUUGUCUCAUUGCUGGGGCCAGCUAGAAGCGAACGAAAAAUUCUGCACGUUUGGCUGUAACAUUAAGUCUCUAUAUAGGAGUAUUAACUUCGCAAAACUACCGAAGAUAUUUCAAGAUACUGUCACUGUUACUUUGGUUUACGAUUCCUUUGGAUUGACUCAAUUUGUAUUGUCCAGCGUCACGAAAAUUGCCCUUAAGAGUAUAGUGACGAUAACGACUAGGAAAAAGAAUCUCAGAAUAUGGAAAAAGUUUUUAGCUUAGUCUAUUGUACAAUUGCUGCUAUCUCCGCUGAAGAUUCUACCCAAGGCUUCCUUAACUCACGGCUACCAAUAGAUUAUGUGUAGGUUCCUAGCGAAUCGACCAGUCUAUAUUCGGGAGAGUAAUGAUAAUUUUAAUCGCGAUGUAGGUGAAAGGGCACUAAACAAACGGAGCUGGGUGUCACAAGAAAGAGUUUUGUCACGUCGAACUAUUCAUUUCGCUACUACGCAAAAAUAUUGGGAAUAUAGUAAGGGAAAUCACUACGAGAGCCUUAUUAGAAU